UAAUGGAAGGAGGUGAGGAGAAAAAACGAACAUUGCCACUGAAGUACAGAGGAAAGUUCAUAACGCGAAAGAAUCUGGAGCACAAAUUGAGGAUGAAACUGGCGGUGGCUGAAUCGUGGAGGAAGAGACAGGAGCGAGCUCAGGCUGACAUGUUGAGGGUUAAAACAGAACCCCUGGCUCCAGUGGACGAUGUCAAACGUCCGGAUUUCAAUACCCUCGUUGGGAGUCGUAUCGUCGAUAUGGAGGUGCUCGUGGAGAGCAUGAACUGUAACAAGUGCAAAGAAAUACUUUCGUUACACAAUCUUGUGCACGAGAGACGAAUUGGACUUUAUUCAGUAUUUAAUGUUUGGUGUCCUCGGUGUAAAAUGAUCACUGAAGUUCAUACUGGCACUGUGCAGAUAGAGAGAAGUCGAACACAUGUUCCUGAUAUCAACAGAGAAGUUGUACAUGGUUCAAUAAAUGCCGAUAUCUCUCACAAAUCCUUGAAUCAAUUCCUGGACUCAUUGGACCUUCCAACGCUCCCUGCUAAAUUAUUCAAGAAACACAAGAGUGAGAUGCAUACGACUGAACAGGAUAAAUCCAAGGAAUGCAAUGGUAAGGGUAUUGGUGACAAGGACGGCUCGAUGAUGGAGGACAACAGUGAAACUCCUCUUGACAAUGAAGUUGCAUUACAAGAAGAUAGCAAUCAAAUCUUUAAUGAGGAUGAAAGUGGAUCGAAGCGAGACGAUGAGCAACCUCCUGGAGAAUCUGGCGAUAGACCAGAGGGAGAUAUUAUUAGAGCUCCUGAUGACAAUGAAAUUGUUGAUGAGAAUCAAGAUUCAGAAAAUGAGGAAGACAGUCAAGCUGAAAGUGAAGUUACAAAUCCAUCAGAGGGUAACAGCCUUCUUGAUGAAAAUGAAGAUCAACAGGAGACGAGCAAUUCUUAAGGGAAGAAAAGGUAAAACUGUCCCAUUCGAAAUGUUUUCUUCAAUAAAAAAGGCUCAUGAUAUCAUCUAAGAUAGCAAGUUAAAAAUAUUAUCCAUCGUUUGUACUAUAUUAGAGUUCUAUGUCAAAUAAAUUUUGAUAUAAAAAAAUC